UUUCGGUCUCGUUUUUUUCAUGGUUUGUUCUUGUGCACGCGAUAUAAGUUUUUUUAUUGCACAUUUUGUUUGUGUAAUACGUAAGAUAUUCGCAUUUUUCGUUUAUUUAUUCGUGCAGAUGCGUAGUGUUUAAAAUGAAGCGAUAUAUAAGUGGUGCAAAGAAAAGACAUAUAGCAGAUGAAAAGAAAGCUUUUGUGUCAAAAUUGCCAAAAAUAUCUUCUUUUUUAAAAUCCGAUAAAGAAGAUGUUGCAUCUACCUCAGCUGCGAUAAGUGAAAUUCAAGAUAGUGAAUUACCUAUUGAGAAUGAUUUUAACAAAGGUACCUCAGAAUGUGUUAAUGCAGACAGGAAUGAUAAAAGAAAAGAACCUUCAGGAUUGCAGACGAUAUCAUCAAAUAAGAACACUGAAAGUACGUCGACAUCAUCACAAGCAAACAAAUGCCACGAGUCAUUAUCUACCGAUACUGCACACCCGACAGUCUCUACGGAUCCAGCACUUUGGCACAUUGAUGAGAAUUUAAUAUCGUAUUGCGCCCAAAAAGGGCCAACUUUUUGUAGAAACAAAGAUUCUAAUUUCAAAAAGUCUAGUAGGAUUUACGAAUAAGUAGAUCGAAAGAAGACGCGAACUUUUCACAAAUCUUUAUUUGAUUGCAAAUUGAAAAAUGGCGAAAUAGUCGAUCGCGAGUGGUUGUUGUAUUCACCUUCAACAGGCAAAGUAUACUGUUUUGUUUGCAGAUUAUUUUCGCCCCAACAUAGUUUUUGCACUAAUUUAUAAUAAGUUAUUCAAUAACAAUCAGUUCUUUUAAGAACUAUUUG